UAGGUACGUAUCUGCAUCAGUCAGUAACGUCAAUUGAAAAUUGUCAAAUGUGAAAAAUUGUCAAACUACAGCUGUUAGCUGUUGAUCAUGAAUUCGUAAAUGUAAAAUUGAAAUAAAUCUGAAUGAUAUCCAAUAAUCAUUCCAAUACAUUGAAAAUAUGUGAAUAUUUUAUCUAAUAAUAAAACCGUUCGUUGCGGUGUUAAAAGCUGAAAGCUUUAUCUUCUUGGAGAAGUUAAAAUGAUAUUUUUUUGAUAAAAAUACUUUGCGGUAAAGAAUGCUAUUAUGAUUAAAACGCAGUACUACCAGUUGUUGGGCAUCUGAAUGAAAAAUAAUCCUGCUACACCCGGUACUUGCGUUCUACUUAUUCGUUUCUCUUCCUAUCAUUACUAAUGACUAUAUUAUAGAUUUUUAACUUUAUCAUCGUAAUUCGUAACGCUCGUGUAUAUCACAAUAAUAAUAAUAAGUAUUAAUAAAAUGACGACUAUUGUAAGUGAACUUAGUAUGCACGAUCUGAACAAUAAAUUCUACGAAAUAAUGCAAAACGAAAGCAACGUAGAAGAUGCGGCAAAGUUUAUCUACGACAGUCUGUAUGACGAUGUAGCUAUGGGAUUCCUAUUUGAAUUCCAUCACGGAUUGAAGACAGGACUUACUGACUUGAUCGAAGGCGAGAAGGAAGAUGAAGAAAGUUAUAAAAUUGUGAAUUCUUCAGAAUAUGAUGUGUUUGGAUUGUCUGUAUUGAAGAAGACACAAGAUGCUAACUGCUCCUGUCCUAAUUGCGAGCGUCCAGUUUCAGCGUCACGAUUUGCACCACACUUAGAAAAAUGCAUGGGAAUGGGGCGCAAUAGCUCUAGAAUUGCCUCAAGGCGCAUAGCAUCAAAUAGUCGUGAGCCAACAUCAUAUGCAGGGCUACCAAGUGAUGAUGAAGAUGAUGCUGACUGGUCUGGUGGCUCUGUCCAUAGUGAGAGACGGAAGAAGAGGAUUAAAAACAGUAACAGCAGGAAAUCUAAUAAAAUGCACAAUGUCAACAGAAAUACUGGUCCCCACAACUCGGACUCCAACGAUGGUUGUGCCACCUAUGAGACAAUGAGUGCAAUUGAGAAGAAGAAUUUGUUGCAGCAAUUGUGUGGGGUUGUUUCUGAGCAUACUAAAAAGUUUUGUACUAGAUCGACUCGAUGCCCGCAGCACACGGACGAACAACGCAGAGCGUUACGUAACAGCGUUCUGGAGCCUUCUACCCCAGAGUCGCAGAUGAUGGGGCUUACCGCAGACGACGCGGGCUCGCCACCAGACUCCAGCCCUUCUUCAUCAUGCUCCUCGUCCAGCCGGAAGCGAGAUAGACAUCGGGCUCCCAUGAAGGGCAAGAAUAAACGCGAGAGAAAUAUGUCGCCUAACGCACGUGACUGAAUCACAUCAAACACAUGAACAGUUUUAAUCACGGACGAGUAAAAAAUAAGGACUCCGUGUCACCUUACAUAACAAGACAAUGAUAUAUUUUCAUAUAAUUCAUAUAAAAAAAUACAUUUAAACAUCCGUGACUCGGAAACAAACAUCCAUAUUCAUCAUAUAAAUGCUUGCACCUACCAGGAUUCGAACCCGGGACCUCUAGCUUAGUAGCUUUACAUAACAGUGAGGCACCAAAACAAGCCGGUAAACGUGUAAAAACAUAGCCCCACGCAUACACUUACACUUAAUACAAGCCGAUCGGCCGCCAUUAUGAGAUUUGCCAUCGUCUGUGACAGAUCAGUUUGCGUCGCAAUAAAAUAUUUUAAAAAUGCCGUAGUGCGUUGUGAAAAAGUGUAAAAACAAUAAUAUGAAAGUAUUUGUGGAUAUAUGAUUAAUUAAGGGAGAUAAAAUUGUGUAACUUGUAUACCCCGUAACCGCACACACACUAGCAUAAAGGUGCUUCACUUGCUAAUAUCACGACGCGGAGUCCUUCAUUUUUUACUAGUCCGUGGUUUUAAUAAGGAUAAAGUAUACAUGUUUUUACGUACCAAAAUUACGAGCUUUAUGUUCAUCAUAUUCGAACGCUUAGCUUGUGCUUCUGACUAAAUAUGCAUUUAUUAGUAAAGUUAUACCCCCUUAUUCAUAAUAGUCUGCUAACUUAAAGCAUUGCUAAUUCUCACAUAUCUUCUUCUAUUGACCUAAGUCAGAAUGAGCAAAAACACUCCUUAGCGGCUGUUUAAAGUUAGCGGACCAUUAUGAAUAAGGGGGAUAUUAAUUUAAAAAAAAAAUUACGACAUUAAGGGACGAGACGAGCAGGACGUUUAGCUGAUGAUAAUUGAUACGUCCUGCAAGUUACAAUGCAGUGCAGCUCAGGAUUCUUGAGAAACUUAUAAAUUCUGAGCGGCACAACAAUUGCGCGAUAUAAGAUUUUAAAUCUCAUUUGCCCAGUAAUUUCACUAGCUACUUACACAUUAUUGCUUCACGGCAGAAAUAGGCGCCGUUGUGGUACCUAUAAUCUAGCCGGGACCCUGUGCAAAGAAGCCUCCAACUGGUAACAUCAAGAUUUAAAGAACAUGCGUCAUCGAACGGUUGGCUUAGCGGUAACACCCGUUGGGUUUAGAGGGUUGGAGGCGUAGUUCGAAUCCCGCACCGUUAAUAAGGUUCGGUAUUUAAAUUAAAUUAUUACAUUUAAUACUAGAAGUGAUGGGAUUCAUAUACAAUAGCAAAAAGGUUAAAAUGUCUGGGGGAAAAAUAUUAUUGUAGUCAUAUAAACGCUAUCCAUGUAAGUGACCAUAAAUAUUAGUGUAAAAUACUGUAUUAUAAUGGAUACUAUACUCUACAUAUAACUAGCUAUACUAUAUAUAUAUAUAUAUUUAUUUUUUUAAAAACUAAAAACUUUAUUAAAAACACAAAAUCUUCAAUGAACAAAUACUCAAUGUACGAUUUUAUUAUAAGUGUGAGAAAUAAUUAUAAAAGACGCCAUUUUAGGUUUAAUCUCUAUUGACUCAGGUUAUACAAUGAACUUGUGUGUAGGUAUAUAGAAUUACUGUCUUAUUCAUAAUGGCUUAGCGGAGAUUUAAAACAUCGCUAAUAUACGCUUGUUAAAAAUCGCAUAUUAGAGCUAAAACGCUCAUUAUCUCUUCGAUAAAGCUGACGUGACUUAUAGUAGCUAGGACCCUUCUAUAAACCUUUUUUAAGCACUCGAACGCAAAAAAACAUGGCCGACAUUGAUCAGCUGUUCGUUAAAUAAUGUGUUUUAAAGCUUUCCGUUCAAAGUUGUUGGAUAUCCGUCAUAGAUUGACAAAAACAGACUUCAAAACUUUGAUUUUUGUAGUUUGAAAUUAUUUUGACAUCGGCAACUGACAAACCAUUGACAUUGAAAAGAGAAAAGAGUCUGUUUCCAUUGACAGUUCCUCAUUUAAAUUAGUUAAAAUCAUUUUUUUGUAUGAAAUGGCAACUUUGCGUACUAUAGAGACGUAUUAGUAAUGGGAGAUUUAUCUAACGAAUAUGAAUAAGGAUUUUUAUCUAAUCGUUCGAUAGGCAACACGUUUUAACUAGAAUAGCUUUAAACGUUCGAAAAGCGUUUUAUUAUGAUAAGGCAGUUAAAGUAUGUUUAUACUAAAGCCAGGGAGACAAGAUAAAGAAUAUAAACAAAGGGACUUACUGAGUUAUAUACUCAGUUGUAUUGUCAUAAAUACGGCUGAUUCGGUCUCAUUAGAAUAGGAGAUCCAUAAUUUGUAUAUAACUUAUUCCAAUAAAAAUGUUUUGAAGCCUUGAAAAAGGUUUCGUUUGUUACACUAAAAUUAUGACAGACAAAACAUAUUUACAUUCUUUAUCUUGUCUCGUUGGCCAUACUAUUAUAGAUGUUCAAUACUUUUCUGUCAGGUACAGUACUUGUCGCACUGUCUAUUGUAGAAAAUAACUGGUAAAUUAUAUAUAAAAUAAUUAAGUACAUUAAAUAUCACAAUUAAUUAAAGUGGGGAAUUUAAUGGAGUCCUAUUUGAAUGCUAUGUCAAUGUUCCAAAAAAGGCUGAAGAUAAAAUGUAAAAAUGCUGGCAGCCUCUUUGGAAUCCUCCACCUUAGGUUUUUAUUAUUUGUUGUACCAGAAAUACAUUUGUAAAUUAUUGAGGCUUAUAAAACACCAUAGACAAUAUAUGAGCGUAUAGACUCAACAAGGUUUUCAAGAGAGAAGAACAUCUAUAACGCAGAUACAGCAAGAUAGAAAAGGAGAUCGAAUCUAUUGUGACUGUAACCGUUUUUGAUUGACAAGUCGAAAAGAGUCAGCCACGCUUGGCUUUAGCCCCUUAGUACCUAUUUUCAAAAUAAAACUACUAACGCGAACAUUGACAGAUCAAAAUUGGUCAAGAAUUAUCGGGCUGUCGGGUCGUGUAUACGCUGGUAUAUUCUAAGACUAUGUGAGAAAUAGCCCGCGACCACUGAUCUGUAUAAAUACCACUGGACAGGCUAUUCCGUAUGUUUGACAGCAAAUUUUUUGUGCCUAUUUGAAGCGCCACUCGAGAGCGUCCAGAGAACUAAUUGUGACGUAUAAUACAAAUGGUUGCGAAGGAACGUACUAUACUCUGAAGUAUUUUUGCAUAUUGGAUUAAUUUCGUUCUUUUUCCGUGUUAUUUAUACUUCAAGAAUCAACAUAAUAAAGUACACAUUUUUUUUGUAAAUAGUUUCCCACCAUCUAUCGAUGUUUGCUGAGGUUUUAGUACCGCAGACUCUCGCCAACAGCGCCAAAAUGGCGAAUAUCAAACAGGCACAAAAGCACUUUCACAGCCGCCAGUCCAGUGUGAUAUAGUAGGGGUCAGUGCCCGGGACGGACAGAUGGGCGGAUGGACGGAUAACAGAGUUUUAGUAAUAGGGUUGUCAUGUGUUCGCAUUGUGUAGGAAUUCUAAUUCUGGAUAUCUAUCUUAUAAAAAAAUAUAUUGUAAUAAGAUAAAUAUGUGUCUACCUAUAUGUUUACGAAUAAAAUAAAUAAAAAAAUUAAA